UACUUCUUGUGAUUCACCUUACUUUUUAUAAACAAAAGACAAGACAUGUGUAGAUGCUUGUAAUAGUAAUUAAUAUAUAGAUACUACUGAUAUUACUAUACCUAAAUGUAGUGAUUGCAAUAUUUUAUGUCUUACAUGUACUGAUGAGAUGAUUUGUAAAACUUGUGCAGAUGGAAAAUUUUUAAAUACGAAUACUUUAUUGUGUGAAGCAUGUGAUACCUCAUGCGCUACAUGUGAAAAUGGUACUGACAAAACUAAAUGCCUUUCCUGUUCAUCUCCUUUAUAUUACCAAUAACUGGAAAAAAAAUGUGUCACGGAAUGCUAUUCAAACUAAUAUCUGAAUUCUUCUAAUAUCUGUAAAGCAUGUAACAGUACGUGUGCUACAUGUAUAGAUGGGAUUUCCUGUAGUACUUGUAGUUCUGGAUCAUUUAUAAAUUCAGAAAGUGGUUUAUGUGAAUUGUGUGAUUCAAAUUGCAAAACUUGUAAUGUUUCUAAAACUGCCUGCCUUUCUUGUAAUGACCCUUAAUAUUUAUAAACAAAUCAAACUUGCCAAAAUUCCUGUUUGCCGAAACAAUAUCCGGAUCUUACGAAAAAAUGUUAACCCUGUAAUAUAUCAUGCUUAUCAUGUAUUAAUGGAAAUUCAUGUUCUACAUGUGAUGAUGGUAUGUAUAUAGAUUCUAAAAGUAAUUAUU